GAAAAGGACUCAAUGAUACAACAGCAGUUAAAAGUGUCAAUGAAUCAAUUGAUAUGUAAAAAUUUUGCGUAUACGUGUUUUAUACGUGCGAAGUCGAUUUGUAAACGAGCAUUCAAACCAUUAUCGCGAUUCAUAAAAUUAAGAGGACCUUUUCACGGCCGGCUGUUAAACACUAGUGAUCGAUAAAUUAUCCCAAAUGGAAAGAAAUGCUUUCCGGAUCAUUUUAAUCGCAUUUUAGUAGUAUUAAAGGAUGGAUAAGUAAUACUUCUGGUCGAAAGAUGAUGAAAAUCUAUUUUGGCGUCCGAGAUCAAGUGAACCGUUCUUUGUGAGAAAGCCUCUAUUAAAAAUACGGAUUGCGACUCCGACUGAAAACCAUCCUUAAACACUUAACACUUAACGACUGGCCCUAAGUGAAACAGUGAGUUUUGUUUCCCCGAGACCCUCAAUGUUCCCCAAGGCGAAGCCGAGGGGAAUAUGCGAGGAUCGCGGCACACAAAUCGAUUUGCCGCGAAUUCAAGGUGCACAACCUGAUCACGAGCGAGUCGAAGGUUCAAGUUGUUGUUUCCCUAAGGAGUUAGCGAGUUUUGACUCAAUAUGACACGUGACAUGUUCUCAUCCAAUCGGAAAACGUAUUUCAGUUGGGAGGUAAAAUAAUUACAUUUCUCUCUUUUUUCCACAGGGAGGUGGAGGAGAGAAAAGUAUUUCAACAGCAGUGCCGCGGAAAAUAUUGACCUCAAACUUCAAUCAAGUUUUUUCAGAGUGAUCGACCUAGCAGCUUGGUUUAAACGGAAAAUCGAUGGAUAACAAUACUUCGGGUGAAAACAAUACCUCGACCGAAGGAAAGCCAUUUCAAUGGCAAACGGUGUACCUGGCAUACGCCACUGUCAUGUUCUUUGUUUUGACUGUCGGUUUCUUUGGCAACGUUGUAACUCUCAUAGUUCUUCGUUACCGCGAACACCGGAGAAAGGUGAUCACUCCAUUGAUGAUAAACCUCGCCGUGGCCGACCUUGUAAUCAUUGUUCUGGUAUACCCCGUGAUCGCCGCUACAAACCUGCUUGGACUACCGCUCGAGGAGGGUUCCUUUCGAUGCAUGUGGUCCUCAUUCGCUAAUGGCGUAGCUGGUAUCUCGUCUAUAGCAUCUCUGACGUCCAUGAUCGGCGUUAUGUAUCAUGUCUUUAGGCAGACUGUACCGCAUCCAAAAAUCCACACCAGGUACAUGACUUUGAUAGUCACUGGCACGUGGUUAUACGGGAUAUUGCUCAAUCUUCCUCCUAUGAUUGGCUGGAGUAGGGCUGUACCCGGUAAAGCCGGUAUAAGCUGCGGCCCUGAUUGGGCCACUUCAGAUACCGAGGGCAUCGUCUAUAUCGUCUUCCUAUUGAUGUUUGGUUUUUUUCUUCCCAUCACGAUGAUUGCCACCUUCCAUUACUUGAUUUACAGGUAA